CCCUGCCUGGAUAAAUUGUGGGCGGGGAUAUUUACAGUGCAGCUGUAAAACAUGAACAAGAUGCUGGUGGUGGUUCUUUAUAGCCUACAAGGUCUAAUUGAUAGCUGCACUAACCGUUUAGUAGGUACCAGCUGAACUUAGGUGUGUAUGUAGUUUGUCAAAAAUAAUCUUCUAAAUAUUCCGAAGAGGGAGACGACUUUGAACACGACCGUGGCUGCUGCUUAUUUACUAGACCUGGCAUGCUAUUAGCUUACUAGCUACUAAUGCAAGCAUUAGCAAGCCAUGUAACUAGUGCAAGCAGAGAAUCCACAUUUUGAUGAUUAGCCUAGUUUGACACCAACAUUUGUGUGUAUACAAUUUAUACCUCAAUACAGCGUUAUGCAACUGUGUGUGUUGCCUGAAGACAUAUAAUGCCUAUGUACACUGUUGGUAUGCUGACAUGAAGCUUGUACGUUUAACUUUGCUUUUGUGUGGUUACGAGCGGGACACCACUUCUACGAGAGUCACAGUGAAGAAUAACUGUGUGUGUUACAUUGAAAAACAUCGCUUUUCUUAGACUUCAUGUCUUCACUGCAGCAGGUACAGUAUAGGCAAUGCGACAUCUUUUCUCUUGGAUGCUGCUACUGGGCUCGUUGUGGUGUGUUGUGUUCCUAUGGCCCUGUGACUCUGAGGCUACUACUAGAGACUACUAUGAGGUGCUGGGUGUUCCACAGUCUGCCACUGACAGGCAGGUCAAGAAGACCUUCCAUAAACUGGCCAUGACAUACCAUCCAGACAGGAACAAAAGUCCCAAUGCAGAGAAGAUUUUCAGGGAGAUAGCUGAAGCAUACGAGGUGCUCUCAAACGAGGAGAAACGGAUGCGGUAUGACCAGAUGGGUCAUGAGGCCUUCCAGACUGAGGGGGAGGAUGGGGGUAAAGAGCACUGGGCCGGGGAUGGAGGGGGCCAGGGCUCCUUCUACUUUAACCUGGAGGAGCUGUUCCAGGGCCUGUAUAUGGACGAGGACCCCUUUCUGGAGGAUGUGGGGGACUCCUGGAGCUUCCAGUUGGGGGGAGAGGAUGAGGAUGACCUCCAUGAGUAUCAGGCCUUCCUGGGUAGCAGCUUAUUUGACCUCUCGGGGGAUCCCUCUAGCCAGAUGGGGCUGGGGGACCAUGAGGAGGGGUUUGGGGAGCAAGAGGGACAGCAGUUCUGCUGGAAGAAAACACAUACAGACAGCAGUGUUGAGGAAGUGUGUGAGGGGGCAUGAUCUAUCUAUGUUUUCAUGGGCUCAUAUAAUGUUUUCAGUCAGAUGGGUUGAAUGUGCAAUAAAGUCACAGUGCCCUUACAUUGA